CAUGAGCAGAGGCGGCGCGGGGCCAUCGGACAUCUUGGGCCGCCCCGCUCGGAGCGGGCAGCGCCGCCGGUCCGGGGCGGGAGCAGCCGCCGCCCCCGCGCCGCCCGGCCCGCCCGCCCUGGCGCCGGCCGCCUGCCCCUCCCGCGCCUCCCCCGGGCUGCUCUCAGCAUCCCUCCGCCCCUCUUGCAUUUGUCUUAAUUCUUCUCAGAGACAAGAUGGCAACGCCGGCGGCGGUAAACCCUCCCGAAAUGGCAUCAGAUAUUCCUGGCUCGGUGGCCUUGCCGGUGGCUCCGAUGGCGAGUGGACAAGUGAGGAUGGCAGGAUCCAUGCCUUCCAGAGGAGGAAAGCGUCGCUCUGGAAUGGACUUUGAUGAUGAAGAUGGGGAGGGGCCCAGCAAAUUUUCAAGGUAUGAUGGUGAUCAAAUCACUGGUGAUAAGGAAAAGUUUGCAAGGGAGAACCACAGUGAGAUUGAGAGGCGCAGGAGGAACAAGAUGACGCAGUACAUCACCGAGCUGUCGGACAUGGUGCCCACGUGCAGCGCCCUGGCGCGCAAGCCUGACAAACUGACCAUCCUCCGCAUGGCUGUUUCCCACAUGAAGUCCAUGAGGGGCACUGGCAACAAGAGUACUGAUGGAGCUUACAAGCCUUCCUUUCUUACAGAACAGGAACUGAAACACCUUAUCCUGGAGGCUGCAGAUGGGUUCCUGUUUGUAGUUGCAGCUGAGACAGGAAGAGUGAUCUACGUAUCAGACUCUGUGACUCCUGUGCUAAACCAGCCUCAGUCUGAGUGGUUUGGCAGCACUUUGUACGAGCAGGUUCAUCCAGACGACGUGGAAAAGCUGCGAGAGCAACUGUGUACAUCUGAAAACUCAAUGACAGGACGAAUCCUGGACUUGAAGACGGGGACAGUAAAGAAAGAAGGUCAGCAGUCCUCAAUGAGAAUGUGCAUGGGAUCCAGGCGCUCUUUCAUCUGCAGGAUGAGGUGUGGAAAUGCUCCUCUGGAUCAUUUACCUCUGAACAGAAUAACCACCAUGAGAAAAAGAUACAGGAAUGGCCUGGGCCCAGUGAAAGAAGGUGAAGCACAAUAUGCUGUUGUCCAUUGCACUGGCUAUAUCAAGGCUUGGCCACCAGCAGGAAUGACUAUACCAGAAGAAGAUGCUGAUGUGGGACAAGGCAGUAAAUACUGCCUUGUGGCAAUAGGAAGGCUUCAGGUGACCAGCUCUCCGGUGUGCAUGGACAUGAACGGCAUGUCAGUCCCCACGGAGUUCCUGUCCAGGCACAACUCUGAUGGAGUCAUCACCUUCGUGGACCCACGGUGCAUCAGUGUCAUUGGCUACCAGCCCCAGGAUCUUCUGGGGAAAGAUAUUUUAGAAUUCUGCCAUCCUGAAGAUCAAAGCCAUUUGCGAGAGAGUUUCCAACAGGUGGUAAAACUGAAAGGUCAAGUCCUGUCUGUGAUGUAUCGUUUCCGCACCAAGAACCGGGAGUGGAUGCUGAUCAGGACCAGCAGCUUCACGUUUCAGAAUCCUUACUCGGAUGAGAUCGAGUACAUCAUCUGCACCAACACUAACGUUAAACAACUUCAGCAACAGCAAGCAGAACUCGAAGUACAUCAAAGAGAUGGGCUGUCAUCCUAUGACUUAUCUCAGGUGCCUGUUCCAAGUAUACCAGCUAAUGUUCACGAGGGUGGAAAGUCUGUGGAAAAGCCUGAUGCUAUCUUCUCCCAAGAGAGAGAUCCUAGAUUUGCUGAGAUGUUUGCUGGAAUAACUGCUUCAGAUAAAAAAAUGAUGGCCUCUGCAUCCACAGCAGGAAACCAGCAGCUUUACUCACAGGGAAGCCCAUUUCAGCCAGGACACUCGGGAAAGACUUUCAGUUCAUCUGUGGUGCAUGUGCCUGGUGUGAACGACAUCCAGUCUUCCUCCUCGACAGGCCAGAACCUGACACAGAUAUCCCGGCAGCUCAACCAGAGCCAGGUGGCCUGGACAGGAAACCGCCCUCCCUUUCCAGGACAGCAAAUUCCAUCUCAGUCUGGCAAGGCUCAGUCGUCUCCCUUUGGCAUUGGAACAAGUCACACCUACCCAGCUGAUCCAUCAUCCUACAGCCCCCUGUCCAGCCCAGCCACCUCUUCUCCAAGUGGGAAUGCCUACUCCAGCCUAGCAAACCGAAGUGCAGGCUUUGCUGAAGGUGGCCAGAGCAGUGGGCAGUUCCAGGGGAGACCUUCUGAAGUGUGGUCACAGUGGCAGAGCCAGCACCACAACCAGCAGAGCAGCGACCAGCACUCGCACCCACAGCCCAACCAGAGCGAGGUGUUCCAGGACAUGCUGCCGAUGCCGGGGGAUCCAACACAGGGCACUGGCAAUUACAACAUUGAAGAUUUUGCUGACCUGGGCAUGUUUCCACCUUUUUCUGAGUAGCUUGUGAAGCAGGAAUGGAAGUUCUUCUUCUCCAAGGCCAUUUCAGUGUAAUUUUGGCGCUGCUUUUCCUGUGUUGCAUUUCUGUAGAAGCUACUAAACCAGAAGACACAUUUCUCACAUUUCAGAUAGUGGUGUAGGGCUUGCUCUCUCCUCCUUGGGGUGCAUCAGUGCCAACAGAGGAGCUCCAGCACUUGUUAGUGUUCAUUGACAGCUCCAUUGCUUUUUUUAAAUUUUAUUUUAUUGUCAUCUACCUCAGAGAUAAAAAUUUUGCUUGUUUUUUAAAAAAAAAAUCUCUGAGUCUCAAAUAUUUGAAUGUGAAUGAUGCAUAAUAUUUCCUUUGAAUGGUAAUUUUUCACUAGAUAACAAAGUAACAAAGACUAACAGAGAAAAGGUAAGGUCACGUCUCGGUACAGUGCCUGCCGCUCAUUUCGAUGCCUUGCUUUAAGCUUAAGUUUCUGAAAGCAGACACAAUGUUCUGUUUUCUUUGAUUCUUGUAGGUUUUAGGUCACUUUAAAUGUUGAGAUUAAGCAACAUAAUGUAGGCCUCUCUCACCAGAAGAUUCAGCUCUGCCUUUUCUAACUUAAACUUGAAUGUGUGUACAUUUUGGUACUUUAUGUAUAUCUUGUGCUGUAUGAAGUGAUUUCCAGUGUACUGGUUUCUUUUGCCUUUACAAAGGGUCCAUUCUGGAGUGUACUGAAAAGGUUGAUGAUGUAUGUGAAGGAUUUGAAUAUUGUGGGAGUCUCCAUCACUUCACAUAGGUGUUCUUACUUUUAAUUCAGGUGGUUCUCUAUUUGGAACAAACAUUUACUUACAUAAGCUAUUAGUCUGGUUUUGCACUGAAUUGAGGCCUAUAACCUUGUACAUUUCUCACUGGCUGCUUUAAUUAUUAUUGUUCUUGCUUUCCCAAAAAUAUUGCCUCUUAAAAAAUGACUGUAAACACAUUGAGAUUGCAUUUUCUAUAUUAGCUGCAUUUCCUUUCUGUGAAGUACUUUUUUAUACUGUGAAACCUCACAUUUUAACAGUGCAAGGUGGUGGCCUGUUACUAGGAAAUCAUUCAAGCUCAUUUGCUGUAAGCAGUGAGAUGGUUUUGUAGUGUAUAAUUUUUUUAGAGUGGGUUGGUAAUAGAUACUGAUUGGGCUAUUGUCCACUGCAUACACAGUGAUAACUUGAAUUUUUGCUUGGAUUCCCAAGCAAAUGCUUCUGUUAAACCUGUUAACCCUGUUCUGUUAAAGACAGGAUUUUCAGCUUACCAAGUUUGUUGAGGACUCUUGACUGCUCUGAAUGCUGUGUGCUUUUCCAUAGAGGUAAGUUAAUCACCUUCCUCUUGGGCAAGUCACCUGCCAUAUGUCUUCAUCAGAGAUGUGGUAGGAAUCUUUUUUGUUCAGUAUUUCAUAUGCAUGAUGAGUUACAGAGGUUGGAUUGUAAGGAUUUUAUCCUGAUCAUUUCUUCUGGGAUGGGAGGAGAAGGAAUCACGCACAAAGCCCCAAGUUCCUGCAUGCAGGUUGUUCAUAACCCUUGAGGUUGGGUGUUGGUAGGCAGCCUCUGCAGAGGAGGAAGGGGCAGCUUCCCUCAGCUUUUGGGCAUUCAGGGGCCAUCACAGACCUUGAAAGAGCAGCCCCAGGGCUUAGCCCCAGUCCAGAAGAUCUCAGUGUGUGCAGCAGUUCUUGGACUUCACAGGCUCUGCCCUCUCAUAGCUGCUGUUAAAUUCUGGGCUGUCUCUGGGGGGGACAUGGUGCACAUCAGCACAGUCCAUAUUUUUGGGAUAACAUCCUGGAGGGCAGGCAGGCCCUGCCCCACAGCCCCCCUGGCCAUGCAGGUUUCAGGUGAGCAGGGACCAGGGACAUGGCUGGCACAGAUGGGGCUGUGCCCAUUGACACUGUCCCAGCCUUCUCCCAGAGCAGCAUGGCGUGGUCAGUAGCCAGGAAGAGUCCUUCCUUCCUUCCUUCCUUCCUUCCUUCCUUCCUUCCUUCCUUCCUUCCUUCCUUCCUUCCUUCCUUCCUUCCUUCCUUCCUUCCUUCCUUCCUUCCUUCCUUCCUUCCCUUCCUUCCCUUCCUUCCCUUCCUUCCCCUCCUUCCCCUCCUUCCCCUCCUUCCCCUCCUUCCCCUCCUUCCCCUCCUUCCCCUCCUUCCCCUCCUUCCCCUCCUUCCCCUCCUUGCCCUUCCUUCCCUCCUUCCCUUCCUUCCCCUCCUUCCCUUCCUUCCCCUCCUUCCCCUCCUUCCCUUCCUUCCCUUCCUUCCCUUCCUAUUUCUCUCACUAAACCUGGGACCAGUCUCUUACCCUAUGUGCAACUGGGGCUAGGGAGUCUUUUUUAAGGACAGUUUUGUAUAUCUCUAGAGAAGGUACUGAAGAGGCCUCAGAUCUCCUGGUCUGCACUUGCCUCACCAAAUCACACUGAGAACAAAUAAAAAUCUUCCUCUCUUCUCCCCUAGAGAUCAGGAAAACACCAUCUUAGGUGAGCAAGCCAUGUGCUUACGCACUGUUCUUUUAAAUACAUGGAUGUUGAAUCUCUUGGAGCCAUCUCCCUUUCCCCUCAUGCUGCUCAAAUAAGUGACUGCUCAUGGAAUUGGAGAGGCAAAGCUCUGCUGCCUCAGAGUAAAGUUCACUGGUAUCUCUAAGAGGUGCCUGGAUGCUGCACCAGUGAGUGAGGUGCUCAGUGUCUGUGCAGGGUUUUAAAAAAAGCUGCUUAUGAGGGAGGGAGCAGUAGGUGAGCCAUUUGUGUCUCUACACAGAAGAUGCUUGACAUGAUAAAUGUCAGUUCUUCUGAAAUUUUUAUAAAUUUUUCCAUAAAGUGAAUGAUGAAUUCAGUGAAAAAGUGCUGUUCCUGUGUUUUAUUUUACCCAACAAGCUGCUCGAAUUAUAUUUAUAGUUUAUUUUACUUCCUGAAUUCAAUUUAAAAAUAAGGUUUUUAAAAGUAACUUUCUUUCUCCUGACAUCAGCAAUGAUAACUUCCUCACUGUGUCGUGGCUUUUAUACUACUGGAGAAGGCUUCCCAUGUACAGGUUUUGGUUGUGCAGUUCAAAGUGCACUGUUAGAAGAAAUUUCAGCAUCUCUCUUUUUCUUGUUUAUUUGAAGCCAGUACACCUGAGGGAUCAGCAUGGACAGCUUCUCACCUUGUGGCCUCCUCCUGCCUGUCUGGCUGGGGAAGGUGAUGGCUGCUCUGUUAGGGGCAGUGUGGAUGGAGCCCAGGUUGGUUUGGGUUUUCCCUGUCAGCUGUUUCCUUUGUGCAAUCCCAAGCCAGCGCUUUAUUCUUGGCAUUUCCACCCUCUCCCUGCUCCUCUGCCAUUCCUGGCCAUCCCAUCUCCCCCAGCCCAGGUGGGAGGUGUUGGGCUGCCAUUCCUGAGCCAGCAAGGAGGGAGCAAUUCACUGAGGAGGGAGUUUGGCAACUCUGUGCUUUGAGAAAGCAGAUGCUGCAGGUGAGGCUUUGCCAGUGCUGCCCUGGCCCCGCUGUGCCCGUGCCUGCUGCUCCAAAAAGCCACCCCAGGUCUUGUGGCUGACAGAGCUGUGUCGCCUUGGCUGUGCUGUAUCUUGUGUUUGGUUACUAGAGCAACUUAUCUUAUCCUAUAGCUGCAGUUAUAAGGUGCAUUGGGAAUGCCAGUGUUUUUAUUAUGUGCUGUCAGUGUAGCUUUGCUGGCACUUCAGCUUCUAAUUUCCAGAAUUUCAUAGGUGGUGGAUUUCUAAUUUCUUUUGUGGGGUUUUUUUUUUUUUUUUUCUAAGCUGGAAAUAAAGCUGUGAUUUCUGAUUGAACUGUUGCAAAUACAGUGUUUCUUGAAACUGAAUCUUUUGGGUCUUAAACUAAUAGAGCAAGAAACUGCAAAUAGGGAUGGUCUGGGUGAGUUAUUUCAAGGAGCAGACAAGGAGACUGAGACAGUUUUAGAUACUAAAAUAUUUAUAUUCAUUUAUUCAGUCAAACAAUCCAAGACUCCAUCACAUUACUUGUACAAAUGCUACUGGCAUACCUACAGUGAUGCUUUAACCAGAUAGUUCCAUUUGUAGCUUUGUUGCCUUUUCUUUUCUUUUGAAGUACAGUAUGAGACUGUAAAUAUUUCUUGCAGAACUGCCUUUUUAACUCUUAAUUACUUUUGGCACAGUGUUAAAUAGUGUUGGAUUUACCCAAUUGCUAUGACAUAUAUUUUUAUACAUAGGUGUACUCUUUUUUCGAGAAUAAUACAGCCAUUUUGUCAUUAAUGCCUUAUUGGUGUCAUACUGCUGUUGCUCUUUGUUUGCAAGGUAUCGAGUGGACUAAUUUCUAGUUCAGAUAUUUUCACUUUUCCUGGCAGUGCUCAAGUUUGGCUUCAGGUGAUUUUUGCCAGAGCCCCAUUUUUCACAGUUGUUAACUGUGAGAAGAAGAGAAUGUAGGCUUGGGCUUUUUGCUGUUAAUGGAGCAAAGAAAAGGUGAUGGCAUCUAAUUGUCUCUAAAAGGUCAGUCUUUUCCUACUCUAAAUCAGAAUGCAUUUCAUGAAACCGAUGACUGUGGGCACUGAUUACUUUGUGUAGAUUAAUGGUCUUUAAAAAAGAAAGGGAAAGAAAAGAAAAAAGAAAACAACUCCAAAAAUGGGCUUCUGUCAUUGUUAGGCACUUGGUUACGUAUCUGUUUAAACUCUUCAUAUUGAUGUGAAGUUGUGCUGUGGAUAAAGUGUAUUUUGUACUUCUGAAUGUUCUAUAUUUAUGACUAACAAGUACAGAAUCAGUUGUGUGUAUGUAUAACUAAUACCUGCCUUUUUAAAUUUCAUUAAAAUAAAAAUGUCAUGA